ACAUUCUCCGUUGACGUCACUACCACGUAGUGUUGUUCUAUUGGUCCAGCAGCUUCCGGUUUCUUCCUGGCCAGGAUUAACUAAAUUGAUCAGAUCAAUACAAAUAUGAGUCGGCACUUUGACCGGACCCGAGGAUAAAUUCAGUUACCCGAAGACUUUUUCAGGUGUUAUCCCACCUAAUUUUUAACUGCUCGAGAACUAGCUAGCCAGAUUAAGGCCUACCUGCUAGCUGCCAAGAGUCGAGGGUUGUUUUGCUCGAAGCGGAGAGCGAACCAUGAUGGCGUCAAGCUACAACGCUAAGGAAGAGGACGGCCACCACUCUGGCUCUUCGAGUCACGGCGGACCAGGAGCCAUGAAAAGCAAGAAACCGGACAACACCGCGUUUAAACAGCAGCGGCUACCUGCGUGGCAGCCGAUUCUGACGGCAGGAACCGUGCUACCGGCGUUCUUCGUCAUCGGCCUCAUCUUCAUUCCCAUCGGCAUCGGCCUGUUUGUGACUUCCAACAACAUCAAAGAGUUCGAGAUUGAUUACACUGGUGUUGAGGUUGAUAGUCCAUGUUACAACUGUGCCAAGAACUUCAGCUGGAACAGCACAUCAUCAUGUCUCUGUUCUGUGAACUUCACUUUGGACCAACCCUUUGAGAGCAACGUCUACAUGUACUACGGCCUAUCCAACUUCUACCAGAACCACAGGCGCUAUGUGAAAUCCAGAGAUGACAGCCAACUCAAUGGUGUCGAGUCGAACUUGAGGCAACCCAGCAAGGAGUGUGAGCCGUACCGCACCAGUGAAGGACUGCCCAUCGCCCCCUGUGGCGCCAUAGCUAACAGCCUUUUCAACGACACCCUGACAUUGUACUACUAUCCUCAAAACGGAACCAAGCUACCAGUUCCUCUGACAAAAAAGGGCAUUGCAUGGUGGACGGACAAGCACGUCAAGUUCAGGAACCCCGGUGGAAGCGCCAACCUCAGCAUCGCCUUCCAAGGUACGGCCAAGCCCGUGAACUGGAGGAAUCCGGUGUACCAGCUGGACGAGGAUCCUGAGAACAACGGCUUCAUCAACGAGGACUUCAUCGUGUGGAUGCGCACGGCGGCGCUGCCCACCUUCCGGAAGCUCUAUCGCAUAAUCCAGAAGAAGCCGAACACCACCCCGACUCUAUCCAGCGGCAAAUAUGUCUUGGAAAUAACUUACAAUUACCCCGUGCUCAGCUUCGACGGCCGUAAGCGAAUGAUCCUGAGCACCAUUUCCUGGAUGGGCGGCAAGAACCCCUUCCUGGGCAUCGCCUACAUCACCGUGGGCUCCAUCUGCUUCUUCCUGGGCGUGGUCCUGCUCAUCAUCCACCACAAAUACGACACGCGCAGCAACAGCGCCGAGAUUCCAAACUGAGCGGCGGCCGCCGCUGCCUCGCCGUGUUUGCAUGCCCGCGUGACCUUAAAGGGACCGUUCUGGACUGCUGCUCGUUUUAGCUUGAAUUUAUUGUGAAUGUGUGACUGGGAGAGGUCUGCCUCGUGUCUUAGUGUAGAAACAUGUUUCAGUGCGUCACAACAUCCAGCUGUUGGCUUUAAUGUUACUUCCUGUCUACAGUUAAAAAAAAUCUAUUUAUCUGCACAUAAUCUGAAUUUCCCACUUUUUAUUUUUUAUUUUUUAGCUGUGCUUCGUGAAUGGCUUCAUUGAAGGAUGUACAUUUUUGUGUUCAUGGAAACGCCUGCUGAUGAAUGUAAAUAUCCCUUUAUGGUUAUUGAAAUGAUUCUGCUUACAGAUUUCUCGUGUCCUCUUUGUUGUGGAAGACGGUGUUCAGCCCAAACUAUUUCACAUUAUGAAGGUCUGCUUCAAACAGUUAUGAGUGAGUCUUUACACUGAACGUGCAGCCUGUUUUCAGACAGAAAUUCUUUUUUUAUUUCACCAAAAUAGUUUUGGUUGCAGCUCGAUGACGUUUAAAGAAAUGAUCCAAAAAAUCAGAAUAUUUUAUUAUGCAGCUUGCCUGUUAAAUUAUUGUAAAACUGUAAAUGCUCACCUAAUAUAUGCACUUUGAAAGUGUCACAGUUGCAAGUUUUUCCCACUAUUUUUGUUUUUCCCGUCACUGCAGUGUGUUCCUGCAGUGAGAAUUGGAAAAAAAAAGAAGUUUAAAUCUUUUUGGUUUCCUGGGAUUUUUAGGGUCCAAAUAAAAAACUUAACAGUAAA